UUCACGCUUUCGCCGCCGUUGGCUCAAGUUUCUUGUGCUGAUUGGUCUGCCGCCAGAAGUUUGCCAUGGCGGAGAGGGUUGGCAUCGCCUUGGGCGGCGGCGCUGCUGCUUCCAAGCCGCCCGGCUCGAGAGGUGCCCGGGGCCACCGACUGAUGGUGCCUCCGCCUGGCUACAAAUUUAUUCCUCGGACCGAGCAAGUUUGCCAAGAGAUGGGCUGCUUCGAAUGCUAUGACAUCUACUGUGAACGGUGUGAAUCGAAGGACCGGCGCAUCAUUGAGCUGGAAAUGCGGAAUACGGAGCUCGUCAAGCACAUCACCCUGCUACAGGCCCGGCUCUUCCCCCGUGAUGGACAAGCGCCCGUGGCUGGCCGGCCGGCGGGCGGUGGAAGUGGCCCAGGAGGAGAGCCUUUCGCUUAUGUCCAGAGUCCAGUCAUGUAUGAUCCGGGAAUGGGCAUCCAGUACCAAGCCACAACAACCUUUAGCGCGGCUGGCUCGGGUUCAGGAAAGCCAUAGUCCUGCUCGAUCCUGCUUGGUCCUGCUGCGGGCUUCAAGAAGGCAUACGAAAGUCAGAACAAAGGUAAAUAGCAUUACUCUUCACCAGAGCGAGCGAGCAGGAUGUUCUUGGGGCCCCAUGGCCUUCAACGUUGGUCCUUGAAAAAAAUUUCCCUGCAUCUCCGGAGGAGCUGCAGGUUCACAACCUCCCACUUUGACCAUUGUUUGCGGGUCAUAAGUGCUGGAGGGCAGAGCGCCGAUGGCAGUGUGGAGGGGUGUUAUAUAGGGC